AUGCCCUCUCAACUGAAGAAACUGAAGGCCACGUUGCGUGAUUCUGGCGUCAUCGGUCCGCAGCAAAGCAAAAAACAGAAGCGAAGAAACGCCCAGGAUGGGAAGGCGAGCGGCGGCAAGCGCCUCCAGAAGGCCGCGGCAUUGGAAGGCAUUCGACAAGAGUUCAACCCUUUCGACCUCAAGCACAACGUCCGCGGUCCCAAAUUCGAGGUGACUAGCAAUAGGCCCACGGCUGGGAAGGAUAAGGGGAUCAGUGGCAGACCCAGCGAUGCGAAGGCUUUGGGCGAGGAAAGGCGGCGGCAAACUCUUCUUGUCGAAAUGAACCGCCGAAAGAAAGUUGGCGGUAUACUCGAUAGGAGAUGGGGCGAAAACGACACUACAAUCACCCCCGAGGAGAAAAUGCAACAGCGAUUCGUCCGUGAGAAACAGAGUCAGAAGGGCAACUCCAUGUUCGACUUAGAAGAUGACGAACCCAGUGAGGGUUUGACGCAUAUGGGCAAGUCAUUGUCGUUCGACGAUUUCGACGAGGCCGACCUUGCUGGAUCUGACGAUGACGCUUCCGACGACGAUCAAAACGUAUUGAAGCGAAUGCGCUCCGCCGAUUCGGACGACGACGACGAAGAUGUACCAGAAGGUCAACCCGAGAGGAAGAAGACAAAGCAAGAAGUGAUGAAAGAAGUCAUUGCUAAGUCCAAGUUCUACAAGGCGGAAAGACAACAAACGAAGGACGCGGACGACGAUCUCAGAGAUGAGCUGGACCAUGAUUUCCAGUCCCUUCAAGCUCUGCUGCUUACCGGGCCCAAGCGCACGAAAGGAGGUGAAGUCGACGGUUCAGUGCCAGAGUCCGAAGCCACCGGAAAGGAUAAGAUGGAACGUGAUUACGAUCUACGGCUGAGGCAACUUGCUCUAGAUAGAAGGGCACAAGCCUCGGAAAGAACUAAAACGGACGAAGAACAAGCUCGAAUGGAAGUCCAAAAGCUCAAGGAGCUCGAAGAGAAAAGGCUAAUGAGGAUGCGCGGAGAGGAGAGUGACCGCGGGGAAGAGAGCGAAGAUGGCGAUGCUGAGCCGGACAAGGAGACAGCCAACCAGGGAAACAUGUUCGUUGAGACCGAAGAGCGGGACACUUUCGGUCUUGGGGCCGGCAUCCGCACACGGCCCACAGCGACAGAACUGGGACUCGGCGACGAUGAAGACGAUUUCCUGAUCGAAGAUAUUAUCGCAAGCGGCUCAGAGCUCGAACCGAUUGAAUCGUCUGAUGAGGAUUCAGAAUCUGAUGCAGACGAGGAUGAUGAUGAUGAAUUCACCAAGGGACUUCUUGACGAGCUUGAAGCACGAAACCCCACUUUCAACAACCAGGCCAAUGGCACCAAGGACAACACAAGCGAACCUUCAUAUAUAUGUCCACAGACUCUGGAUGAGCUCAUUGGUAUUUCCGAGGGCUUAACUGCGCAACAAAUUCCGUCGAUGAUACGAUCGAUCCGAAUACUUCAUCAUCCCAAACUGAAAAGCGAGAACAAAUCGAAACUGGCUAAAUUUUCUCAGUACGUACAACGAGAUCCCCUCUCGUGGGAUGAGAAAAUUCCGGAAAUGCAGACCAUGGCAUAG